CAGACAACACACAUUCACAAAGCAGAUCAAUGUCCAGAACAACAGAAUUCUCAGAUCUCGCCACUUACCUUGCACGCCGUGAUCUUCUAACCACUGGGUUCAAGGUCUUUGACAACAAGCCAGAGACUUAUUUGUCCUGGAAGUCUAUGUUUUGCAAUGGCAUCGAAGGACUAAACCUCAAAGCCAGCGAGGAGCUCAAUCUACUCACAAAAUGGCUGGACGGGGAGUCGCUUCAACAUGCCCUGAGGAUUAGAGCAGUUCAUGUGAACAAUCCAGAGACAGGCCUCUGGCGUCUGUGGCAGCGGCUGGACAAGAAUUACGGUUCAUCAGAAGCCAUUGAGGCGUCCCUGUUUAAGCGUCUGGAAAGUUUCCCCCGGAUCUUCUACAAAGACAACCACCUGCUGCAAGAACUCGCUGACCUCCUUCUUGAGCUACAAGCAGCGAAGAACGAAGGCUAUCUACCAGGCCUCAGUUUUCUUGAUACGUCGAGAGGAAUAAACCCCAUAGUUGAAAAGCUACCGAAUAAUCUCCAAGAGGCUUGGAUCAAGCAAGGAUCAAGAUAUAAGAAAGAACAUAAUGCUUUAUAUCCACCCUUUUCUUAUUUUGUCGAGUUUCUGAACAGUCAUGCUGAAAUGAAAACAGACCCCAGCUUUAUGCUUCAAGGCUACAACACGCCACAUCCCAAAGCAGAAAAAGCACAAGAGAAGCAGACAAAGAUUAGAACACCCAUCACAGCAAACAAAACAGAAAUCGACACGCCUGAUGCAAAUGCUUAUACACCACCUCUUGAUCCAGAUAAACAAUGUCCCAUUCACAAGAAGCCACAUUCUCUUGCUAAAUGUCGGGGCUUUAGAAUGAAGACAUUGGACGAGAGAAAAGGUUUACUCAAAGAGCAUUCCAUCUGCUACAAAUGUUGCAUAUCUACAAGGCACAGGGCAAAAGACUGCAAAGCAGUGAUUCACUGUUCAGAGUGCAACAGCAACAGUCACGUGUCAGCACUGCAUGCUGGCCCACUGCCCUGGUCAGUCAAAGAUCCAAAGACACCUACAGAGGGUCAAGGCGGGGAGCCAGACAACCCACACUACAUUGAAACCUCCUCCAGUUGCACAGAGGUAUGUGGAAAGGGGCUACAGGGAAAGUCAUGCUCGAAGAUUUGCCUGGUCUAUGUUUAUCCAACCAAGUUCCCUGAAAAGAAGAAGAAAAUGUAUGCAAUGUUAGAUGACCAGAGCAAUGUAUCACUGGCAAGGUCUUCCUUUUUUGAUAUGUUUGACGUACAAAGUGAAGCUCUACCAUAUACAAUGAAGACAUGCUCUGGCAUAACGAACACCAGCGGAAGAAGAGUCAACGGCUUCAUCAUUGAGGGGAUGGAUGGGAAAGCACCUAUGCCAUUACCGACACUCACUGAAUGUAACCAGAUUCCGGAUAAUAGGAGAGAAAUACCUACGCCUGAGGCUGCAGCUCAUCACCCUCAUCUGAAGCCCAUCGCGUCUCUGAUACCUCCACUGGAUCCCUCUGCAGAGAUCCUUCUCCUCCUAGGCAGGGAUAUCAUCAGGGCACACAAGGUACGCAGUCAGGUGAACGGCCCACAUGAUGCACCUUACGCUCAAUGUCUUGAUCUAGGGUGGGUGAUCAUAGGGGACGUUUGCCUCAGAGGAGCUCACAAACCCACUGUGAGUUCUUUCAAGACCAGCAUACUUGAAAAUGGGCGACCCAGUUUCCUCACCCCCUGUGAGAGCAGAAUUCACGUCAGGGAGAGGUACACAGACACCUGCCCCCUAGGUGAAAAGACGCAGACUAAGGAGGAUGUAGGCAAACUCAUAUUCAAGCAAACAGCCGAUGAUGACAAGCUGGCACUUUCUGUAGAAGACCAGACAUUUCUGGAUAUCAUGAACAGAGAAUUCCACAAAGACAAGGCCAAUAGCUGGAUGGCUCCACUCCCCUUUCGUUCCACUCGACAGCGCCUGCCCAACAACAGAGGUCAAGCCGUCCAUCGUCUAAUGUCCCUCCGUCGGACGCUGAAAAAGAACACAGAGAUGAAAGAUCAUUAUGUGGAGUUUAUGGAGAAGAUGUUUAAGAAGAACCAUGCAGAACGCGCUCCUCCCAUUAGUGCUGAUCAAGAAUGCUGGUAUCUCCCGAGCUUUGGCAUUUACCAUCCACAAAAGCCUGGAAAAAUCAGGAUAGUCUUCGACUCCAGCGCUCAAUGCAAUAACGUAUCCCUUAAUGAUGUGCUGCUCAAGGGCCCAGAUCUCAACAACACCUUGGUCGGUGUGCUCAUCCGAUUCAGACGCGAACCUUAUGCAGUGAUGGCAGAUGUUGAGCAAAUGUUCCACAAUUUCAUUGUCAACGAGGAACACCGGGAUUACCUUCGGUUCUUGUGGUUUCAGAACCACGACCUGGAUGGAGACAUUGCAGAGUUUCGAAUGAGGGUCCAUGUAUUUGGAAAUUGUCCAUCACCAUCAGUCGCCAUCUAUGGGCUAAAAAGGGCUGCCAUCGAAGGCGAGGAAGACUAUGGGAGUGAUGCAAGGAUGUUCAUCGAACGCCAUUUUUAUGUGGAUGAUGGAUUGAAAUCCUUCUCUUCAGAGACUGAGGCUAUUGAUGUGCUGCGCAGAACCCAGAAAAUGCUGGCACAAUCAAAUAUACGCCUGCACAAGAUCUCAUCCAACAGUUCGACUAUCACAAGCGCCUUUCCAGAUGAAGAUCUGGCCACCGGACUACAGGGCCUGGGUCUUGGACAAAGCACACCAUCUAUGCAGCGUACCCUAGGAUUAGGAUGGGACUUGUCCACAGACCUGUUCAUGUUUCAGGUGACCACCAAUGAGAAGCCAUUUACAAAGCGUGGAGUGCUAUCAGUCAUCAACAGCCUGUUCGACCCCCUCGGCUUUGCGGUGCCUGUCAGCAUUGAAGGUCGUGUCAUUCUGAGAGACAUCUCUUCUGAUGUCUGUGACUGGGACGAACAGCUGCCAGAAGAGAAGCAAGGGGGGAGACGCGUCAAAGCAAUGCCUGCCGAAGAAGAAGAAGCAAGAAGGAGAGAGAUAGUGAAGGAAAAAUUGAGGGAGCAGCUUGAUCUGGAGAAGAGAGCCCUGAGGAUAGUGGAGCGUCUCCUGGAGGACAAUGUGGCAGAAGACUUCCUGGUUGACUGUGCGAAGUUCAUCACUCCUACUAAUUACAAAGAUGUUGUGGAGGAGAGGUUCAUCGCUAAGAUGUGUGCUUAUCCCAUAUGUUCAAAUAAACUGGGCAAGAUCCCAACUCAACGGUAUAAAAUAUCGACAAAGACCAAUAAGGUGUACGACAUCACAGAGCGCAAGUGUUAUUGUAGUAACUUCUGCUACAAAGCCUCCAAAGAGUUUGAGCUGCAGAUAUCCACCUCCCCUCUGUGGCUCAGGCAUCAUGAGAGUCCUCCAGAAAUUAAAUUGAUGAAGAAAGGAGAUGGCGGGAGUUCUGGUGAGGAGGUGAGGUUGACGGUGGAGCGUCUGAAAGAGGAGGACAUCGAGAAUGUUGCUCCUUCAGAGGAGCCUAUCAACUCUGAGCAGGGUCCUGAUGACCCUGGCCAUCCCUUCAGUGAAAGCAGCGACAUCGGGCACGAGCAGGACUUUGUCUCCAGCGUGGUUUCCAAGCGACAGGGACCCAGGGUGCACUGGGGCGACCUGCCUAAACGCAUGGAUGAAGACCAGAAAGAAGAUCAAGUGAAGACGGAGAGGAGAAGGAAACAAGAAUCACCAACAGAAACUGAUGCUGAAAAACAGCCGCCAUCUUUAAAUACAGACAAACCAAAUGGAGAGCCAGAGGAAGAACCCAGCAUUGAAGAGGCUAUAGCCAAGCUGAAUUUGUACAAUUUAACUGAGACUCACGCCGCUCCUCCAACUGUUCACUCAACACCACAAGCAGAACACACACAUCUUAUUGCUUCUGCACGUUGUGAAGACUCAUACAGCUCAGCUUCAACCCUGAUCCACAGUAAUCAGGAUGAUACCACAUCGAACAUCCAGCCAGGCCUCAACAUCACCCAGGUGGGGAUGAGCAAGAGAGGUGCAGCCGGGCUUCGAGAUCUCCUUAAACACCACGCUGCUGCCAAACCCGACUCCAUCAGGCUCAAUCUGCUGGAGAGGCUGAGGAGAACGCUGAAGGAGUGGAGGACAGAGCACACGCUGAAGUUCCUGUACGGCACUGACCACUCACACAGCUCGGCUAUUGCUGGUGUUAAAGAAGAAGAAGAAGAAGAAGAGGAUAAAGAGAAGGAGGAGGAGCUGGAUGAAGACGACCUUGAAGAUGAGGAUGAUGAUCGGGAGGAGAAGAGACCGUCUGCUGCGGCUCCAGACUACCAGACGCUGAGGCAGGAGACCCAGCAGGCCAUGAUCAAAGUCAGGGAGUUCUAUAAAGGCAGCAGGAAGGAGGAGGAAGAGCAGCAGCAAGGAAGCAAGCAGCUGAUGGUCCAGGAUCCCACUCUGCCAGUCGUGGACUCUCACGCUCAGCACCUCAUCCAGAAACGGAUCACAGUGGAGAAGCUCAGCAGCUGCCUCAGAAACAUUGUGGGUUCUCUGCGUCUCACCAUGACUGACGUCUCCAGUGACCUCAACAACCUGGUCAGGACCUUCAGGUUCAGCAACACAAACAUCAUCCACAAAACUUCAGAGUGGACACUCAUAGCUGUCGUGCUUCUCCAUCUGUUGUCCGAGGUGUCUCUGGGGGUGCGGGAGGCCCUGCAGACGGCAGCGUCAGCAAAGUAUCUGAACACACUGAUGGAGGAGCUCGGGCUGCAGGACCAGGACCUGCUGGACUUAGUGUGGCUGUUUAAAGCCCCUGCACACUGACACACACACACACACACACACACACACACACACACACACACACACACACACACACACACAGACGUAUUAAUAAUAAAUACUGUCUCAGGAUCACUGACUGGAUUAUAUAAAUGUGGGUAUCCUGCAUUUACUAUCAAGUUUGUUUUCAUAAAAUAAAACCUGAUUAUAAUUAUUUUGUAACAAAAGCUUAUUUUUUUUACCAGAUCUAUUUACUUCUGAUCUAGGAUACAGCAAUCUGCAGCUUUAGAAGUACAUUUACUUGAAUUCUGCACUGAAUUACAGAUGUGAGAUUAUUUCUUUUCAUGCCAUUUUAAUCUUCCACUCCACUAUUCAGAGGGUUCUGCUUUACUGCUCUACAGUCAUCUGACUGUUUAAGUUACUUUAUAAAUUAAGAUUUCUGCACACAAAACAAACGAGGAGCUUGAAAAAUGUAGCUAUUUUAAAACAAGACAGCACUGCAUUAAGACAUCA